CCCCAACCACCAGCUCGACGAAGCUUUGGUCGGAAACGAAAAGACCAGCAAUGGACGCCCUGCGUCGUACCACAUCCCAGGACCAAAGCCAAACCAUUACCAUAGCGUCCUCAUCACCUUCCACGCAUCGAUCUCCCGCCUUCUCGUCUGACCCGACGUUGAAAAUUUCACUCCCCAGCACGACUGAUCCGCCUUCUGCCGUUAGACCUCCGAAGCAGAAAGUAUGGGUCGUCUUUGGCGCAACGGGCCACAUGGGCCGCAGCGUGACCAAGACCGCUCUUGCCCAUGGCGAUCGAGUCUGCGCGGUCGGCCAGUCUCUCGAAGACAACCUUUCCACGCUCUCAACGCUGCUAUCGUCCUUUUCGAGUACCUCGUCGUUUUCCAGUACCUCGUCGACCAACUACGCCGACACGUACCUCGGUCUUCUAUGUGACGUGCGCAUCCGGCCCUCCGUCUCGGCCACACUCGACGCCACGAUCGCACACUUUGGUCGCAUCGACAUCAUCGCAAACUGCACCGGCUACGGCGUCAUUGGCGCCUGCGAGGACCAGGACGAGCACGAAAUCCGCAACCAGUUCGAAACCAAUUUCAUGGGCACCCUGAACAUUAUACAGCUGUCUCUGCCGCACUUUCGACAGCGCCAGGCGGGUCGGUACUUGAUCUUCAGCAGCACGUCCGGCGCGCUCGGUGUACCUGGUCUGGGCCCAUAUUGCGCAACAAAGUAUGCCGUCGAGGGACUGAUCGAGAGUAUGUUGUAUGAGGUUGAUCCCUUCGGGAUCAGGGCGACAUUGGUCGAGCCGGGUCAUUUACGGCGCGAUGACGAUUAUAGCGUGGCCUCCAGCACUGUUGCUGCUGCUGCUGCCGCUGCCGCCUCCGCCGGCACACAAGUUCCACCAGGGGCUGUGUCCACCACGAAUGGUGGUGGUGGUGGUGGUGGAGUAUCACGACCAGGGACCACAAUUGCUGCCACAAGCGGAACGGGAAGCAACAAUGUCAAUACACUUCCUCUGUUCGGUCACUUCAAGGUCGCCAAAGCGUCCGAGCCCUACACGGGCAGGGAUGCGCCCGCCGCACAUGCGCAGCGGACGUUACAUUGGAUGGGCAACAAUCAGCCGGUCAGCGUGGUCAAGGCGGCCGAGCUGGUGUGGCAACUGGGACAUUGUCGCUACCCUCCUCUGCGCCUGAUCCUGGGCAGCUUCGCCGUGGACAGCAUCCGGGACAGGCUGAAGAGCAUCAUCGAGGAAAUCGAGGACUGGAAGCACUUGAGCUUCCCACCACUGGAACCGGAACCUGACGCGGAUGGUGAAGGAGAGGGAGAGGGGGAAGGUGAAGACGACGGCGAGGACCAAGGCGAGGGUGACGAAAUGGAAAGGGAUGAAUUGGACGACGACGACGACAACAACAACGACGAGGAAAAGACCGAGGGCGGGGACCCAAAGGGCAGAGGCGGCACGGCGACAAACUACGACGCAAGAGCACCCAAUGUCAAAAUAGAGGAUCGGAUGGACGUCGAUCGUUGACAGCGGACGAUGGAAAGGAAGAAGAAGAAGCAUGCGAAGAAUUUUGAAGUAUUCAUCUGUUCAUUGCUAUCUGCGAGACGAUUCUUGACUCGAAACUGCUGUACUGGGCCAAUUGUCGAACUGUACGACAACUGGCAACUGGUUCGGCGGAUCACCUCCGAUUGUGAGCCACGGCCAUGCUAGAGAUGAGUAUCACUUGGAAGUGUUGGGUGUGCCUGCUCGGUUCCACUUGGAGAACUCGCCAUUUUGAGCCGGGUCUACUCGCCCCGUAUUACACUUUGUGCAUCCCAUUGACGAUUAUAGUUGGCGGUCGUACCUGACUUGUCGACAUGAUGA